AUGUCUAACCAGGACUACUACCAGCAGGGCGGCUACCCUCAGCAACACCCGCAGGGCGGUUACCCCCAGCAGGGUGGCUACCCCCAGCAGCCCCAGCCCUCUUACGGCGCUCCCCAGGGCCACUACCAGCAGCCUCCUCCCAUGCAGUACCAGCAGGCCCCUCCUCCCCAGCAGGAGCGCGGCUCGCGCGGCGGCUCCAACAACUGCCUCAUGGCCUGCUUGGCCACGCUGUGCUGUUGCUGCGUUGUCGAGGAGUCUUGCGAGUGCUGCCUCGAGUGCUGCGAAUGCCUCUGCUAA